AUGAAGUUUUCGUCUAAUUUUGAACCGAAAACAAUUUAUACACUUCAUAUUGUUUAUUGGGCUAAACUUGAGCGUGAUCUUGAAGGUCUCUAUUUAAGUGACUAUGUUGAUGCCGAUGGAAUUAGUCGAACAUUUCUGACUUCUCAAAUGGAGCCAACACAUGCUCGAAGUGCUCUUCCAUGUAUUGAUGAACCCGCUCGUAAGGCUAUAUUUCGUAUUACGGUUAAUCAUGAUCCAGCGUAUGUCGUAUGGACGAAUGCAGAAUUAGAACAUUCGGAUACAUUGAUUGAUGGUCGAAUUAAUUCUUAUUUUGCUUCAACAUUAAACAUGUCAACAUAUCUCUUAGCUUUGAUUGUAGCACCAAAAUCAGAUUUUGCCUGUCGACCUGAUCGUGUCAUUGGUUCGAAGAAUAUUAAAUCGAGAAUAUGUGGUCGUAUUCAAUUUUUACCACAAAUGGCUUAUGCUGAUGAAGUAGCUUUCAAAGCAUUAGACUUUUUCAAUAAAUAUUUCGAUAUAGAUUAUGCACUGCCUAAAAUUGAACAUUUUGCAGUACCUGAUUUCGGAGGUUUAUUAAUUUAUGCCGAGUUUGGUUUGCUUUUCGAUGAGAACACAGGAUCGACUUCACAACAACAAUAUGUAACUAUACUUAUAGCUCAUGAAAUAGCACAUCAAUGGUUCGGUAAUUUAGUAUCGCCUGCUUGGUGGGGAGAACUAUGGCUCAAGGAAGGUUUUGCUAAUUAUAUGGAAACAGUAGCAUCUGAUUUUAUCGAACCUUCGUGGAAACAAGACGAACUAUUUGUUAUUGAAAAAAUCUUUUCAUUCAUGAAAGCUGAUUCAUUGCCGACAUCACGACCGAUUAGUAUUGAGUCGACAAAUCUCGCUGACAUAUUUCUUAUGUUUGAUCGAAUAACUUACGACAAAGGUGCAGCAGUCAUUAGAAUGAUGAACAUGUUUUUAAGUGGUGAAACUUUUCAACAAGGUAUUCAAAAUUAUCUAAAAAAUUUUAGUUAUAGCUCUGCUACACAACAAGAUCUUUGGAGAUAUUUGACUGAAGCUACAAAUAAUACAAUCGAUGUAGAACGUAUAAUGGCUGGAUGGACACGACAAGCAGGCUAUCCAAUCGUUGAAGUUAAUCGAAUAUAUACAAAAAUAGACCAAAAAUUAAAACAACAAAGAGUCAAUAGUGAAUUAAUUAUUACUCAGCAACCAUUUAAUCUUUUUCCAUCGACAUCAAAAAAUGAAACAUGGUGGAUUCCAUUCAAAUAUUUUGAUCGAACAUCAUUCGAACUGUCGAAUAAAAAUCCAGUCGUAUGGCUUAAUAGUAAAUCAAGACAAUUAUCAAUAACAACGUCCGAUUCAGAUUGGAUCAUAGCAAAUCCGAAUUACUUCGGUCUCUAUCGAGUUAAAUAUGAUCCAAAGAAUUUUCAUCUAAUUAUAACUCAACUUCAAACAGAUCAUACACGUAUUUCAUCUAUUAAUCGAGGUGCUCUCAUUGGUGAUACAUUUGCUAUAUCACGAACAUUUCUAAUCAAUGCAACUGAUGCCUAUAGAUUAAUUGGAUAUCUAAUAAAUGAACGUGAUUUUGUUCCAUGGACAGCAGCCCUAUCUGCAAUGGAUGAACAAGAAUAUCUACUUGGUGAAAAUGAAAUUUUUCCUGAAGUACAACGUUAUUUUCUCAAAUUAAUUCUUCCAUUAUACAAUAGUAUUGGCUGGGGACUGAUCAAUCAAUCAACAGAUUGGCGUCGAGCACUUCUUCAACCCAAAGUUCUUGCAACUGCAUGCCAAUAUGGCUAUUAUGGGUGUAUUGAUACAGCACGAAGUAUGUUUCGUCGAUGGUAUUUAAAUCCCGUUCAAAAUCGAAUACCAACUAGUUUACGUUCGAUAGUCUAUUGUAUUGCGAUUCGCGAAGGUUCUCAUGAAGAAUUUCAAUUUUUAUGGAAUCGUCUAGAGCAUGAACAAUUGGCAACGGAGACAAUUUCUCUACUUUAUGGUCUCUCUUGUACAAAAGAUCGAUCAGAAACUGUUUGGUUUCUUAAUCAACAUUUGAAAGAUGGAUCUGUAAUUCGUGAACAAGAUAUGACACGUUCAAUUGGAAAUGUAGCUCGUUCACGGGAUAGUAAUCAAAUUGCCUGGAUUUGGAUUCAGGAAAAUUGGUCAAAGUUAUUUGCAAAAUGGGGACAGACCAGUUCCGGCUUAGAUAGAAUUAUUGACGAAGUAACUCAUCGAUUCGUAACAGUUCGGCAACUACAUGAAUUUACAACUUUUAUCGAUUCAAUCGCCGAUAAAGGCACUGUCUAUCGUCAAUUUCAACUUUCAUUAGAUAAAAUCAAUGCAGCUAUCGCUUGGAAUACAGCAAAUAUCGCUUCAAUUACUGCAUUUCUUCGAUCGAUAGAUGAUUCGUCUACGAUUAACCAUCGUCUUCCAACGUUCGCUGUUCCUCUUCAUUAUGAUUUGUACGUAAAACCAUAUUUAAACAUUACAGAUAAUGCUGACCAUUCAGUAUUCGACGGUCAAGUGCACAUUCAUAUCAAUAUUACUAAUGCUACUGAUCGUAUUGUUUUACACAAGCGUUAUAUUAUUAUUCGAGAACCUAUUGAAAUUAUUGGUGAAGUAUCGAUAGUGGAAACAAUAUUCAAUCAAGAUGCUGAUCUUUAUACCAUUAUUUUCAAUCGAAUAAUACCAAUAAAUACACAAAUAAUUCUAACAUUGAAUUAUCUUGGUCAAUUGAGCAAUGAUAUAGAUGGAUUCUUUCUUGGCUCUUAUGUACGAUCAUCUGACCGAAUUACACGUUAUUUUCUAGCUUCAAAUAUGGCUCCAAUUUCAGCACGACGAGCUUUACCUUGUUUCGAUGAACCUGCUUUUAAAGCAACAUUUUCAUUGAUGAUAGAACAUGAACCACUAUAUCGUGUAUGGAGCAAUAUGGCUGUAGAAAAUCGCACUUAUCUAAGCAAUGGAUUAAUAUUGACACGUUUUCAAAAAUCAAUACCGAUGAGUUCAUAUUUAUUGGCACUUAUUGUUGCUGAUUUUGAAUGCUUGACUCGUAAUGACACAGGUCUUUAUAGAAAUAUCACAACGAGUGUAUGUGCACAACCAGACAGAAAGGAUGAUUUACAUUAUGCUCUUGAUAUAGCAACGAAAAAUAUUCAUGAUUUUGAAGAACAAUUUCAAAUCAAUUAUCCUUUGACCAAAUGUGAUCAUAUUGCUUUACCAAAGUUCUCUUUCUCUGGUAUGGAAAAUUUCGGCUGUGUUAUAUAUAGGGAGGCAAUAUUGCUAUUUAAUAAUCAAACAUCGACACCGCUCAACAAACAAGACACAACAAUGGUCAUAGCUCACGAGAUAUCUCAUCAAUGGUUAGGUAAUAUGGUCACACCUAAUUGGUGGAACGAUAUAUGGCUCAAUGAGGCGUUUACUGAAUGGAUGGGAUUUGUUGCUACAAACAAAGUUAAUCCUGAUUGGGAUACAUAUGAACAACAAAUCGCUCAAGAAUGGCUUCCUAUUAUGCAAGAUGAUGCCAUUUCAUUUUCACAUCCAAUUAGAAUGCAAAUAACACAUAAUGACCAAACAUUGAAAAUUUACAAUUCUAUUACUUAUUUGAAAGGUUCUUCAUUAGUUCGUAUGAUGCAAAAUUUUAUGACGGAAAAUACGUUUAAUCAAGGUAUUUCACAAUAUCUCAGAAAGCAUCUUUUUUCAACAGUAGAAACACGAGAUCUUUGGCAAUUUUUUAAUGAACAAAUGAUUGCAGAUCAUAUUAUGUUACCAAAAAAUACUAGUCUCAGUGAUAUAAUGAAUACAUGGAUUGAUCAAAUGGGCUAUCCUUAUGUAGAAGUAAUACGCGAUUAUUCAAGAAAUAUUAUUUCAAUUACUCAACAUCAUUUCUUGUUCGAUAUCGAAGCACAACCACCAAAAUCUCCUUAUGAUUAUAAAUGGUACAUUCCAUUUCAAUACAAAUCAUUAUCAUCAUCUUCAUCAAAUAUUAUAUGGUUUAAUGAGAAACAAAUCAAUAUAACAAUCAGCACCAGUAUUCAGUCGAAUGAAUGGAUUUUAGCCAAUCCAAAUUUGCUAGGUUUCUUUCGUACAAACUACGACAUACGCAAUUGGCAAAUGAUUAUUGAACAACUCAAAAACGGUCAUGAAAAUUUCACAAUAUUCGAACGAGCAGGUCUUAUUGAUGAUAUAUUCAAUUUAGCUCGAAUAAAUAUUCUACCGUCAUCACUUGUCCUCGAUAUGCUUAGUUAUGCUUAUGCAGAGCGAGCAUUUAUUGUUUGGGAUCGUAUUCUUGCAGGUAUUAACUACAUUGAACAAAUGAUUGUAACGAGUUAUUCAAAUUUUAAUUUUCAUGAGCAAUUGAGUUCUUAUCUGAUUGAUCUUAUCCGACCAAUUUAUACUUAUGUUGAUUGGAAAAAUCAAUCAGAAGCUCAUAAAUGGAUCGAUACGAUUUACCGAGAUGUAAUUUUAUCCGCUGCUUGUCAACAUAAUUUAGAAAAUUGUACGGCUCAUGCUCGACAACUUUUUCAAGAAUGGUUCGAUCAUUCAUCGAACAAUACAAUUGAAAUAAAUCAUCGUGAAAUGGUCUAUUGUACAAAUAUACGUUUAGGUAAUCGUGAUGUAUUUCAAUUUCUAUUUCAUCAAUAUCAAAUAACAAAUGAUUCAGAAGAAAGUUCAAGACUACUAUCCGCUCUAACAUGUACACAAGAUAUUCAAUUAAUUCGAUAUUUACUAGAAAUUCAUUCUAAUCCUGAAAUAAAUAUUGUUCGACGAGAAAAUAUUUUUUCUGGAAUAAAAUUGAUUUGUCGUAAUCCAAUAGCUAUUACUGACUGUUGGUCAUAUGCACGUUCAAAAUGGAACAAUUUAUUGCAAAAUUUUGAUCAAUCUGAUUUUAUUCGAUUUAUCCAAGAUUUUACAGAAAAAUUUAAUACUGAACAACAACUGAAUGAACUUGAAUUAUUCAUUGAACAGAUAAGAAAUAAAGUAAGAUUAAUGUUCUGA